GGGCUUCACUGAGGAAAUAAGACAGAGCCGUGGUAGGCUGUAAGUCAAUAGAGAGCUCCAACUCAACUGGUUAGGCAAAGCUAAUAUUUCUAGCAAAGACAUUUUACAGGGACUGACUACUUCUGAUCAUAGACAACUGAGGUUGUGUGAAAAACUAGAGCAUUUGUAUACAAAAUGGCAAAGGAAAGGUUGAGCAUAGUGGCUCUAGGGGUGACACUGCUUCUGUUAGCAGAAGCAUGGGCCCAGAGUCCCAGAAAGAGACUGGCAACAUCAAAGCCAGCCAAGGCUCAGUGCUGCGAUGAUGUGCGCUCUCUCAAGGUCCAGGUAGCCAAUCUGACUAGUAUCCUUGAGGAGCUGAGUCGCAAGCAGGGGACAGACUUAUUGAACGUUGUGAGGCAAAUAAUGGAGCUGGACAAACAGAACCGGCAGCAAGAAGCACGAGUUACGGAGGCAGAGAGCAAAUACUCGGAGAUCAACAACCGUGUGGAGAUCAUGCAGCUACAAACCCUGCAAUCUGCCACUCAGACCUCAUCAGAUGCAAUUUAUGACUGUGCAUCACUCUACACCAAAAGUUACAAGAUCUCUGGAGAGUACAAACUGCCCAAAGAUGAGUUUCUGGGGACACCCGAGUUGAGCGUGUUCUGCGAUAUGGAUACAAAAGGAGGCGGAUGGACUGUGAUCCAAAGGCGCAAAGUCGGCCUGACAUCAUUCAACCGUGACUGGAAGCAGUACAAAAAUGGAUUUGGAUCCAUCCGUGGGGACUUCUGGCUGGGCAAUGACAACAUCUUCCGUCUAACAAGGCAGCCCACUGUGCUCCGAAUUGAGUUGGAGGACUGGGAAGGACAGACACGCUAUGCUGAGUAUGGUUUUUUCACCAUCAGUAAUGAGCUCAACAGCUACAAGCUCUUCCUUGCCAACUAUAGUGGGAACGCUGGAGACUCCCUUCGCUACCACAACAACACCAACUUCAGCACCAUGCACAAGGACAAUGACAAAUGUGUGGAUGACUGUGCUUCUCUGCGCAAAGGUGGCUACUGGUACAACUGCUGCACCGACUCAAACUUAAAUGGUGUUUUUUAUCGCUACCGGGAGCACACAAAGAACACAGAUGGGAUCACUUGGUAUGGUUGGCACGGGCCCAACUACUCCCUCAAGAAAGUGGAGAUGAAGGUCCGUCCAGUGGGUUUUCAACCAUAGGUGCUUCCACUGUGUUUCCUGGAUCAUGAUGGGCAUGAAUGCGGAGAGAUUUCACUAAUACUUGGUCAAUUAAAAUGUAGCCUUCCCUUGACUGCGAAAGGAAUGAAUACAUCGUUUGUGUUGGUCUGAUUAUGUUUGAGUCAGAUGAAUGUGUAAUGUUUCUACCGUGUAUGAUUGUAAAGUGUACUUCAUUUUGUGUAUUUAUCAGUAAAAUAUUUUAUUUUUUAAAAGCUUCAAUAGAUGCUCUUUACCACUGUCCCAUUUGGGUAACCAGAUUUUAAUAUUUCCUCUCUGAAAGCACUAGGAUGUAUCAUUUAGACACAAAAUUAUUAUUGUAGCAGCAAGUUUCAGUCUAGAAUGGUCUAGUUCAGGUUUAAAUCAUUAGGACUGAUAGGAGCUAAUGAAACUUUAGGAUCUGUCUAAGUUGCUGGAAUGGGACCAAACACCAAAGGUAUUUCUUAUGAAUUCCAAUAAAUGUUAUUAAAACCUUAACCGUUAAUAAUGGAAA